GGUUACUCUCAGAUAAAGGUGAACCAGCGUUAAAACCCUCUCACCGUGGCGUGGCCUGUCUUGAUACUAACAUCGUGUAAUUAGUUGGGUAAUCAGUGUCCUUGACCCCUGUUGACCUCUGACCUUAGUUCUAGUACCUGGGUCAGCCAUACGCUAGCCAUAUUUAUUUUGAUCCAGACUUCUUCGGGCAUCAAGCAAAGGAAGAACUAUUUCUACCCAUCUUCCCUAUAUUUUGGUUUGGUUAUCAAGCAGCAUGUCCAGACAACAGGAGUUCAUCUGUGGCCUCUCGCACGUGGUGACCAUAGCAGUCCUCCCCAGACUGAACAUGGAGGAGCUGAUGUUUGAACUCAACAGGAGGAUUCAAAUCCUGGACAAUGAGAACAGCAUCAAGGACAGGCUGGUUAGUAUCCUUAGGGACGUGAUGUUGGAGGAAUACCGUGUGUUGGAAAGGACGUCAGAAAAGACAAUACCUGAACAAGAGCGAGAGGCAGUAACAAUGCAUGAGAACAUUCCGACUAUGUACGCCGAAACAACGUCAUUAGAGACUUCAAGUCCAAAUCCUUCCACCUCACUGCAAAGUGCUGAACUAGACAUUGUGGCUUCUGGUGAACCGACUCCAAACCACGGUGACGUACGUAUAAAGAUGGAAUGCCAUGAGUCCGAGGAUGAUCAAAUUGGGGAAAGUCUGAAUCAGACUGAACGCUGUACUACUGUGGCUGGAUUCAUCAACAGUGGACAUGAAGAAAGUGAAACAACGAAUAAUGAAAUGGCAACUUUGGAUUUUUGUGAACCGACUCCAGGCCAGGAUUGUGAGAACAGGGUAUCCAUCCUUUCAAAGAAGAACACUGGAAUAGGUUUCAUGUGUGAUGAAUGUGGUUAUAGGGCAUGCGAUAAAUGCCGGCUUGACGAACACAUGAGAACACACACCGGCAAGAAACCGUUCAGGUGUAAUGAAUGCAAUUAUGAGACAGACUAUGAAAGAAAUGUAGUGAAGCAUAUGAAAAAGCACGCUAGUGAAAAACCUUACAGAUGGGAACUGUAUGAAUGCCAAUCCCAACAAAAUGCAGAAAUUGAGAAACACAUGAUAUGCCAGACUGGUGUGAAACCCUACAAAUGUGAGGAAUGUGACUACAGCACAGCUCGCAAGCCCGAUUUUACUAGACACAGGAGGCGUCACACCGGUGAGAGACCCUACAGUUGUCAAGAGUGUGACUACAAGGCAAAACACAAGUUUAACCUUGCCAAGCAUAUGAGAAUCAAACACCAGUGAAACUAUUGUCAGUUACCAACCAGAAACAACAUAUCGUAGACAUUUAUUGUGUAAACUAUGUUGUCCUAUUUAUCUUCUCUUGGAAACGUGCGAUGUGCAAAGCUCCUGUAAAAUCCCAUAAGUGUGAGGACUGCGACUUCAAAACAGUACAUAUACUAGUAAGCACUUUCUAGUUAGACAUAGGAGGAGGGGGCACACCGACGAGAAACAGUACAGUUGUCAAGAUUGUGACUGCAUAUGUACAACACAAAUGACAAAUUCAGCCUCAUCAAGCAUUUUUUAAAAGAAACAAAGACACAAUUUCAACAGUACUGUACUCGGCAUGUAUUCUUGUACAUGUAUUAUUUUCCAGUUAGGUUUGAUACUUUAUGCCUGCAUUUCUUCGUACUUACGACCAGCAGUAAAGCUAAACAUUGGCAGUUA